UGCAGUCCCAGCCAACGAAACAUCCGGCCCCUCUCCUCGGGGCUCUCCAGAAAGUUCCGCGCUGUGGAGCGGCUAUAAGAACCAGCCAUCUUCCCCCGCCACCCUCAGAGUAACCCCAGCGACAGUUUCUACACCCGGCAAGUUGGUCACCAUGGUUCACGAAACCGGCUACUACGACCUCCUGGGUGUCAGCCCAGGCGCCUCACCGGAGGAAAUCAAAAAAGCCUACAGAAAACUCGCACUGAAAUAUCACCCUGACAAGAAUCCCAACGAAGGAGAGAAGUUCAAGCUCAUAUCUCAAGCAUAUGAGGUGCUGUCAGAUUCAAAGAAGAGAGACUUGUAUGACCAAGGAGGAGAGCAAGCAAUCAAAGAGGGAGGCAUGAGCGGAGGAACUUCGCCAAUGGACAUUUUCAACAUGUUCUUUGGAGGUGGUGGACGGAUGCAGAGAGAGAGAAAAGGAAAGAAUGUUGUCCACCAGCUAGGUGUUACACUGGAAGAAAUGUACAAUGGCACCACCAGGAAGCUUGGACUCCAGAAGAAUGUAAUUUGUGAAAAAUGUGAUGGUUAUGGAGGUAAGAAAGGUGCCUUGGAGAAGUGCUCCAAUUGCAAAGGAAGAGGAGUACAAGUCAAAGUGCAACAGAUUGGACCGGGCAUGAUUCAGCAGAUCCAGAGCAUGUGUCCAGACUGCCAGGGACAGGGUGAGAAAUUUAACUCGAAAGACCGCUGUAAGAACUGCAAUGGACACAAAGUUGAACGCAAGAAGAAGAUUCUCGAAGUUCACAUUGACAAAGGUAUGAAAGAUGGUCAGAAAAUUACAUUCCACGGAGAAGGUGACCAGGAACCUGGACUGGAACCUGGGGAUGUAAUCAUUGUGCUGGAUCAGAAGGAGCACUCUGUUUUCCAGAGACAAGAAGAUAAUUUAAUAAUGAAGAUGAACAUCAAACUUGUCGAGGCCCUUUGCGGUUUCAGGAAGACCAUUGAAACAUUAGACAACAGAAUGCUCAUCAUCAACUUGGAGCCAGGUGAAGUAGUCAAGCACAGUGACAUCAAAUGUGUUCAGAAUGAGGGCAUGCCAAUUUACAGGGACCCUUAUGAAAAGGGACAGCUUAUUAUUCACUUCCAGGUGGAAUUUCCAGAUAAACACUGGCUCCCAGAGCAUCUCAUGUUCCAGCUGGAAAGACUGCUUCCUCCCAGGGAGGAUGUGAUGAUUACUGAUGACAUGGAGGAGGUGGAACUCUGUGAGGUGGAUGUGCGGACACAACAGAGAAGCUACAGUGGGGAAGCUUAUGAGGAGGAUGAGGAGGGUCCCAGAGGCGGAGUGCAAUGUCAGACGCAGUGAUUGUAGUCUGUGAUACAUAUGUUGUCGAGCAUGUGGGUUUUUUUGUUGUGGCUGUUUUGGAUUGUUUUUGUUUGUCUUUUUUUUUUUUUUUUUUUUAAAUUUUGUGUUUAAGUCAUGUCAUGUCAAAAUAAUGCACUGCAUAUUAGUCACAUUAAGUUUCAAAACAGUUGCCAAUUCCAUUUUUGUGCUACUUUCCUGGAACAAAAAUAUACAAGUGGAGUACUAAUUUUACAUUUUAUUUGUUAUCAAAACUGUGUUUUGUUGGUGGGGUUUUUUUUUUUUUUUUUUUUAAAUGUAUGUUUCCAAAGAAAUCAAUGGCACAAAUGUUUCAAUUCAGAAGCUGAAAGGACUACUUGUAUGCUUUCUGUGAAGGUAAUUCAGUCAUGACAAACAUUUUUGGUUAUUUCUCAAUAAAAGUCCCAGAAUGCUUCAACUUU